AUGGAUCAACACGACGACUUCGACAGUGUUUCCUGGAAGCACGACCCAGACAGUGAUGCGUCGCGCCCUACAACCGCUGGCACUGAUGCCGCAGAAUCGAGCGAAAUCGGCCACGACGCCAAUGGCAAGCGGAGAAUGAGCUCCGCCCAUGAAGAGCCUCAGGCCGGCCCGCGAGCCGACGCCGUUGACCUGGCGGGCAUCGGUGAUGGGGUCCUUGAGUGUCAAGUUGACUCCCCUCUUAAAGAGAAUGACGGCACAAAAGACGCAUAUAUCUCGUACCUGGUCACAACACAUACUGACUUCAAGUCCUUCCAAAAGCCCGAAUUCACUGUUCGGCGACGAUUCACCGACUUUUACUUCCUAUACAAAACGCUUUACCGCGAAUAUCCAGCAUGCGCGGUGCCGCCGCUCCCGGAUAAGCACAAGAUGGAGUACGUGCGCGGAGACCGGUUUGGCACGGAGUUCACGACGCGACGAGCAUGGUCACUACAUCGGUUCUUGAAGCGCUUGACUCUGCACCCCGUGCUUCGACGAGCCCCGCUGCUCACUAUCUUCCUGGAAUCGCCGGACUGGAAUGCUCACAUGCGCCUGCACUCAACUCGAACAUCUACCAAUACCAAUUCGGAUGGUGCUGCUACCGGUAUCUUUGAUAAUUUUACCGACACUUUCGUCAACGCCUUUUCCAAGGUGCACAAGCCUGAUCGGCGGUUUAUCGAGGUGCGCGAGAAGGCCGAUAAGCUUGAUGAGGAUCUAUCGCAUGUGGAGAAGACCGUCGCUCGCGUUGCGCGCCGUGAAUCCGAUUUGGAAACUGAUUAUGCCGAGCUGGCGACGCAAUUCCGUAAGCUUGUUCAGCUAGAGCCUGCUGUUGAAGUCCCGCUACAGGUAUUCGCGGCUUCGGUGGAGGAGACUGCGCGCGGAAUGCGCGGGUUGAAGGAGCACACUGAUCAGAAUUACCUUGGCUCGCUACGUGAUACAGAGUCUUACAUCAUGUCUUUGAAGACCCUUUUGAAGACUCGCGAGCAGAAGCAGCUCGAUUUCGAGGCCUUGGUCGAUUACCGCAACAAGGCUGUGACAGAGCGCGAUUCCCUCGCUGCCAACCCGGCCGCUUAUUACGCCUCCAACCCGCUCACCUCCUCGCCCGCCUCCUUUAUUCGUUCGAAAAUGGAAGAUAUGCGCGGCGUCGAUCAUGAGCAGUCCCGUCGCGAGCGCGUUCGGAAGCUAGAACUUCGGAUCGAUGAGCUGACCCGGGAAGUGGAGUCUGCAAAGACUACCUCCGAGAUGUUUGACGAGGAAGUUGUGCGUGAAGUCGCAGACUUUGAACGUAUCAAGGCGGUCGAAUUCCGAGAUGGGCUUGGUUCUUUUGCCGAUUCACACAUUGAAUUCUAUCAAGGCGUUCUUUCUACGUGGGAGAGAUUCGUUGCUGAGAUGGAAGGGGAGGGAGAAGGCCGUGACUCUGACGCAGCUGCCCUCGGGGCUGUUUAG